GUAAACAAACUCUGCCGCCUAACCGGAACUGCGCCUCCAGCAGCCGCGGGAACUUCCUAGGUCAAAGGUGACAGCUUCCGUCAACUGGCGCCUCCUCCCGCUACUUUCAGCUGUCACUUCUGGAAGCGCAGAGGCCAGUUGUUUAGAAAAUGGAGCCCUAUUCCUGUGAUACAUUUGUGGCAUUACCCCCAGCAACAAUUGAUAAGAGGAUUAUUUUUGGAAAAAAUUCAGACAGACUCUGUGAUGAAGUACAAGAGGUAGUUUAUUUUCCUGCUGCAGUUCAUGAUAACAGAGAACCUCUUAAGUGUACUUAUAUAGAAAUUGAUCAAGUUCCGGAAACAUAUGCUGUUGUCCUUAGUCGCCCUGCUUGGUUGUGGGGGGCAGAAAUGGGAGCCAAUGAGCAUGGAGUUUGCAUUGGGAAUGAAGCUGUAUGGGGAAGAGAAGAAGUUUGUGAUGAAGAAGCACUACUGGGCAUGGACCUUGUCAGACUUGGCCUUGAAAGAGCUGACACAGCUGAAAAAGCCCUCAAGGUCAUUGUUGAUUUGUUAGAGAAAUAUGGCCAGGGUGGAAACUGUACAGAGGGCAGGAUGGAAUUUAGUUAUCACAACAGUUUCCUGAUAGCUGAUAGGAAUGAAGCCUGGAUUCUGGAGACUGCAGGGAAGCAUUGGGCAGCAGAAAAAGUAAAAGAAGGAGUUCGUAAUAUUUCUAAUCAGCUUUCUAUAACAACCAAGAUUGACCAAGAACACCCAGACAUGAGAAACUAUGCUAAGCAGAAAGGAUGGUGGGAUGGUAAAAAGGAAUUUGAUUUUGCUGCAACAUAUUCUUAUCUUGACACAGCCAAGAUGAUGACUUCAUCAGGCAGAUACUGUGAGGGCUACAAGCUUCUGAAUAAACACAAAGGAAACAUUACAUUUGAAACAAUGAUGGAAAUUCUCCGAGAUAAACCAAGUGGCAUUAAUAUGGAGGGAGAAUUCCUGACCACUGCAAGCAUGGUUUCUGUUUUACCUCAAGAUUCCAACCUUCCUUGCAUUCACUUCUUUACGGGGACUCCUGAUCCUGAGAGAUCAGUUUUUAAGCCUUUCAUAUUUGUGCCGCAUAUUUCACAACUGUUGGAUACCAGUUCACCAACAUUUGAACUUGAAAAUCCAGUUAAAAAGAAGCUGCACUUAAAGAGUAAGCCUGACAGAAGACACCCACUCUACCAAAACCACCAACAGGCUUUGGAAGUAAUAAAUAAUAAUGAGGAUAAAGCCAGAACAAUACUGGAUAACAUGAGGAAGCUGGAGAAAGAACUAUUCAAAAAGAUGGAGUCAGUCCUCCAAAACAAGCAUCUUGAUAUGGAUAAAAUUGCUAAUCUCUUUCCUCAGAGUACAAAGGAUGAAAUUAGAAUUUAUAAGGCAAAUAUUACUUCAUAGCAAUCAUAGAAAUGGUGGAAAUCUCCCUCAAAGUCAGAAUCCAUUGUCUUGAGGUAAACUUACUUAGCUAUUAUUCUUUAAUAGCAUUCAAGUAAUAGUUCAAUUGUUAAAACUCAUAUAGUUUUGCUGAGAUACUGACAAAAAAAACCAAACAUAUAUCAUGAGGUAGCUAGGUGUUAUUCCAGGCAAUUAUUUCUUUUAGCCACAACAACUUUUUUUGUCACAAUAAUUAAGUAUUCAGGUGCUGGGGCUGAGGCUCAGUGGUACAGCACUUCCCUCUCAUGUGUGAGGCAUUGGAUUUGAUCCUCUGCACAACAUGAAAAUAAAUAAAAGUAUUGUGUCCAUCUACAACUAAAAAAAAUUAAGUAUUCAAUUCUACAUAAAGCAUAAGACAUUAAUAUGAUGCAUGGAUUUAUACUUAUAAUUUCGUAGUACCCUCAAAUCAUUUUAUCAAUUAUUUUAAGUUUUUUUUAGGAAUGGAAAAAAUAUGAAGUGGUGAGUUUUCUUAUGUUUUAGGCAAAUAUUAACCAGUGCUAACAAGGGAAUUUUCUAGAUUUACACACUAAAUCUUUGUCAUUGUAUUAAUUCUGAAAAUACACUUUCAUUCAAACACACUCUAUAUCAAGAGUUGGCUUACCAGUGAACUUAUAGCUCCAAUUGUUUAGCCUUCCACUGUCUCUUAGAAACCACUAUUUUGUUUUUAGUUUUCUCUGUUUUGCUUUCCCCAGAAUGUUGGAAUCAUACAGUAGGUAUUCUUUCAGAUUGAUUUCUCUUGCUUACUAGUAACAUACACUUAAGUUACUCCAUGUUUUUCAUGACUUGAUAACGCCUUUCUUUUUAGCACUGAAUAAUAUCCCACUGUCUGGAUGUAUCACUGUCUGGAUGUAUCAUUACUAAAGGACAUUUUGGUUGCUUUUAAGUCUUGGCAAUUAUGAAUAAAUCUACACACUGCCAUAAGCAGGUUUCUGUGUGGAUGUAAAAUUUCAACUUACAUUGGGUAAAUUACAAAAUGUGCAACUGCUGGGUCAUAUGGUAAGACCAUGUUCAGUUUUUGUAAGAAUUCGCCAAACUGUCUUCCAGAGUCACUACCAUUUGCAUCCCCACCAGCAAUGUUGUACCAUAUCCUUCCAAGCAUUUUUUGUGUCAGUGUUUUAAAUUUUUACCAUUCUAAUAGUUGUGCAGUUGUUUCUCAUAUUAAUUUGCAAUUCCCUAGUGACAUGAAAUGUUGAACAUCUUUUCAUUGCUUAUUUGCCACCUGAGUACAUCUUCUUUGGUGAGGUGUCUGUUCAGAUCUUUUGCCCAUUUCGAAAUCAGUUGUUUGUUCAUUUUCUUAUUGUUGAGUCUAAAACUCUUUCAAAGACAUUGUUCUUGGGUUAAAGUCUCUUAACAAAUACCACCAAGAGCCUGCUAAUUAAUCUGUCCUCUGUCUUUAUCUUAUUACACGUUCACCAUUGUUUUUUAUGUUUCAACUAUGCUGCCCUUUCAAGUCUUGGAAUGUGCCCAGUUCCUUCCUCAUGGCUACACCCUCUGUUGUACCAUUCAUUCCGUGUUCUCACCAUUUGUAGUUCUUUUAAUGGUUUUGCCAAGACAGAAAUUCCUUAAGGAAGUUUUCCUCAAACCACAAGGUCGGGUCUCUCUUAAAUACUCUUGGAGCCACACGCUAUCCUGAUCACAAACUAAUUAUACAUUAAACAUUUACACAGAACAUUAAACACAGUAGAACGAAGCUCUAUGGAACUAGGAAUCAUAUUUGUUCUUACUGUUGUAUGUGCAGUGUUCAGUAUUGUGUCUGGCAUGUAAUAAAUGCUUAUUAAUAGAUAUUUGCAAAAUGAAUAUUCAGAUACUGACAGGAAAAAUUUAUACAGUCCUCUGCCUAUAAAAUGCAAGGUUGCAGAAAUUAUCUAGAUAAUUUAUCUAUACAACUUGUUAGCUUUUGAUAAGUUUCAAAUCAAGCUGUUGCUUCUUUCCAUAUUAGAAAUGGGAAUAUAUCCCCAUAUGAAAGCAAGGAUAAUUGGGGCUGGAGCCAUGGCUCAGUGGUAGAGGACUUGCCUCACACGUGUGAGGCACUAGGUUCAAUCCUCCUCAGCACCACAUAAAAAUAAAUAUAUCGUGUCUAUCUACAACUAAAAAAGUUAAAAAAAAAACAAGGAUUAUUAAUGUAGUAUUAAUGUAUGUAAUUAUUAGUGUAAAUUAAUAUAAUAUAGCUUGACUUUCACUGUAUAAAUGCAAUUGGGCUGUGAGUACUUGUGGGGGUAAUUAAUGCCUUGGGAUAUAUUGUAAAAAAUUUAAGGUUUUAUUAAAUUUUAUCUAUUGUAAGAGUAAAAAAUAUAGUUGCUGAAUUAAGCUUUUUAUUAGGUCAACCCUUAAAUUAUGUUAUAAACCAAGGGAGUCAUCUAAUAAAUUGUACUUUACAGAAAGCUACAUUGUUUGAUCUUGAUGAAAAUAUCAGUUUAUAUAUUUAUUGUUAAAAAAAGAAUGUUGUCCUAGAAAUAAUAUGCAGCCUAGAAUUUUGGAAAGUUAGUUCCUUCUUGUAAAAUUUUCCAAAAAUAGUUCUACAUAGUGAAUUUUUCUCUUUUGAAUUAAUUACUUCAGAUUUCCAUCAUGCCAACUGCAGAACUUUAAAAUCUGUCUUUUCCUAAAGAAUAGUGAUAAUACGUAUGGUCCUGAACUGUGUUUCCAGUCAUCUUUCAUCACAUAGGUAUAAGAUACAAAGGGGCAAAAACCAAGAGCUGUAUUCUGCUGUAUAAUUUUUGGGUCACUAAUCAUUAUUCUCCAAGUAUACUUUAUCUUAUUCUAAAAAUAUUAAAAGCAAAGCAUAAGUUAGGCAUGGACUUGUUCAUUGAGAGUUAAGAUAACAAUAGACUAUGCUGAAGAUUAGUAAAAAGGGGUAGAUUUUAAUCAAAAUUGUAUCAGAUAAUUUUCUCAGCUGUGACUCUACAUAUUAAAAAUCAUGAGAUGUGGCUCAGCAGUAGAGUGCUUGCCUAGCAUGUGCAAGGCGCUGGGUUUGAUCCUCAGCACCACAUAAAAAUAAAUAAAAUAAAGGUAUUGUGUCCAACCACAACUAAAAAUAAUAUUUAAGAAAAAUCAUGAAAUGUAUGUAAGGCACUCUUAAUUUCAUAUUAACUCACUCAUAAAAGGUGUUCAGUGAAUUCAUAAUUGGGGAAGUUCCUAUGCACAGGACCUAGCGGGUCAUGAAGAAAGGGACAGUCUUAAGAAACUCAUUUAAGAAAACAUUAAGAACUUAGAUUAAAGACCCGUUUGAUAGUAUCUGUAUCAUUGCAGUUGCCCAAAGAAAAGAUGACAGCAGUGAAAGUUAAAAUAGGUAGUUUAUUGAGAAACUUGCUUUGUCAGUGAGAAAGUAACAGUUACAAAUAUUUUCAUUUAAUAAAAUUAGCAUAUCCUUAAUCUAAAAACAUCUCUUAAAAUCCUUUAUCUGAAACUGCAGAUCAUUCUGAUCUAGGAUUUUCUUUUAGUGUCUCCCAUGGAAAAAGAGGUUGCAGAAUCCUUUUGUGCAAAUAACAGAACAUAUGCAGUAUGACUUAUUUGUAUGACUUGUUCAUAAAUAAAAAAUUUCUCCACUUGA